UGCCGGGCCCGAGCCCGCCGCCGCGGAGCCCACCGGCACCACCGAGCCCGCCGGGACCGGCGCUGGGGACCGACCCUCCGCUGUGUCCCCACCGGGAGCCGCGGCGCGGAGCGCAGCCCGGGCAGCCCCCAGCACCCCUCCAGGAGCCAUGACCCAGCCGGGCAGCGAGCCGGGGUCCUCGCCUGUGGCACCCGUGUCCCCCGAGCUGGAGUGCCAGAUCUGCUACAGCCGCUUCGACGCCCGCGCCCGCAGGCCCAAACUGCUCCACUGUGGCCAUCGCCUCUGCACCCGCUGCCUGCGCAGGAUGGUGUCUCCAGGGGAUGCAUCAACCCCCCAGCUCCGCUGCCCCUUCUGCCGCCAGCACAGCCCGGUGCCCGGCGGGGACGUGCAGCAGCUGCAGGAUGAUGGUGAGGCCUUGGCGCUGCUGACAGGCCGCGAACGGGCCAAGAAGCGAGGUCCCCACCGAUCUCCCGAGGUCCUCCUUUGCCCUGGCGUGCUGGAACCCACCCCCAGCCCCGACUGCCUGGUUGUCACCAUCCUGGAGGUGCCGGAGGAUGUGGCCCCACCGGAGAGCCUGGGCAGGCUGGAGGUGGUGCGGCUGUACCGCCCCACCAGCCUGGGUGCGCUGCCCUGCCACAGCCCUGGGCAGAAGUGCCGCUCCUGGGGGUGGCGAGCCGUCCCCCGCUUCAUCCUGGCUGUCCUCUGCCUCCUUUACUUCAGCUCCCUGCCCUUCGGCAUCUACCUCCUGCUCAUUGAGCACCACAGCCUGGGCAUCAUCCUGGUCAGCCUUGUGCCCUCCACCCUCCUCCUCUGCAUUGUCUACAGCCUCUGCCAGUGCCUGUGCCUGGAGGUCUUUGGGUUCCCCCACUCCUGACCCUGCCAGGCCAACCCCUGUGCCUGCGUUGAGGAGGGUUUGGGUUCCUUGGAGUGUCUUCCCUUGGGGUACAGGUGUUCCCUGAUCCACAGCAUGCUCUGCCUGGACUGCGAGGAGAAGCUCAGUGCCUGGUGCCUUCCUGUGCAGAACAGCACUGGAAUUUCCAUGUGGGAACCCACACCUGAGUGGCUGCAGGAGCUCAUUGCAGCCUACAAGCGGCUGAGCUGGACCCUCAGCUCCUCAUCCUCCUCCUCCACAGCAGACAAAGAGCAGGAGCUGGGCUGAGAGCAGAGCAGCAGCCGAGAGACUGAUCCCAGCUGAGGCAGGGUGAGUGCUGGGGGCUGAGUGCCAGGGACGGGCAGAGCCCAGGGGCUCCUGCAGCUGUACCGGCCCCAGCACGGCUCCGUGUCCAUAGUGUAAAUAGUUCUGUCCGUGGCGCCCACGCUCCUGGCGGGGCUGCUCCCAUCGCAUCCGUGUUUUUUUCCCAUGUGUGAGUCCCGUGUUUGCCGACACUGUGUCCUGGAGAGGGAAGGAGCAGAGGAGAGGAGUUUCUUUGGUGUGUAAAGACAUCUUUGCAGCUGUUUUGUAGUCAUUGUGGUUUUUAUGCAGAGCCUCUGGGCUUUAUUUAACCUCCUUGGGUUUUGUUUUGUAAGGAUUAAUUUAACACUGCUAACCAUUUUAUUACUUUAUUGAGAAGAAAAAAGUCUAUUUUUGUUCUCUGCCUUGGAUCUGCCCUGCCCCCCAGGGAGUGCUCGCAGCACCACUGGCACUGAAUUUCACCACAUCCCUGCUGGUACAUCUGCAUCUCUACCAGCAUCCCCACCAACACCCCUCAUCCCUCCCAGUACCCCCAACAGCUCCCACAACAGACAGGCAACACCAGGAGGCCCAAGACAGCCACGUUUAUUACCACUGUGUGUCCCUCCCUGCAAACAUCUCUCACUCUUCUUGGCUGGGCAGCUGCCAGAUCCCAUGUCCAUCUAUCCUGCCAUGUCCUUGGGGACAGGACACGACCACCCCAGCCCUACACCUGCUC